AUGGGUGUCUUCAGCACAACCGCCAAAUUCGAAGUCUGGUCCGAGAUAAGCGGCGUCUCCCGCUCCAAGGCCAUCGCCAUCGUGCAAGACCACGGCGGGCUCCUCAACAAUGACCCCUUUGCCGUCUCGGUGACCGAGCUGCCCGCCCACCCGGGCAAGUCCACGAUCGAGGCGGUGCCGGAGCCCUACGCGUCCCGGAUCGUCGGCACGCCGCGCUACUGGGAGGUCAAGGACGCCGUGCCGCAGCAGUUCUCCCGCCUGCUCCCGGGCAACCCCGUCACCAGCAACUGGUACAUCAUGACCGACAUGGAGGACGGCGUCUACAUGUACCUCGAGGCCCCGCUGGGCCUCGUGUCCAAGCGCGGCAUCGUCGUCAGGGGCGGGGACGAGGAGGGCAGCGAAAACGUCGUCGUCGCGCACGAGUGCAUCGUCGAGGCCAACAGGGCCGUCCUGGGCGUGUUCAAGAGCCAGUUCGAGGAGCACUGGAGGGCGAUCCAGGAGCAGGUCGCAAAGGCGAUGGGUGGUUCUGUGGUUAGGCAUUCUGGGCCGGUGCGAUGA